UACUUACUUUGCUUCUUUUCAAUGUAUUUACAAAAUCUUCACCGAUCGAGAAAAGUCCAUCCGCAUUAGUCGUGUCCAAUAUUAGCUUACCGAAAUUAAAAAUGGCGAAGUUGGAUGGAUCUGAAGUGAUACGUGACUCUGGGAUUAAAACAUUCAAAUUCGAAGUAGCGGAAAAUGAAAGGCCAAGUAGCGAAACUGUUCUUACUGAAGAUGCGAGGAAAGAUUCAAUAAAUGGCACCCGCAAUCUUAUAAGAAACGUCAGGCCAGGGCAAACGGUACUCAGAUACACGGUUAAAAUUUCCUUCGACGGUGACACGUUCAACGGUGAAGCAGUAAUCUAUGUGCGAUUGGAUUCUACAGAUGACCCUAUUAUAUUUCACCUAGAAGCGCUUGAUGUACACGAUGUGCGUACUGGAAUUAUCUCGGAAGAUAACGUACAAUCGGUGGGUUGUAAUUUAGAAGACGGUGUUAUAGAAAUAUUCCCUAAUAAUGCAGGUGGAAUUCAUAUCGUUGUUAUUGAGUACUCUGGAGAAAUAAACAACUUUGGAAAAGGAAUAUUCCAAGGUGGUUUUAAUGAUUAUCGAUAUGUGGGAAUGAACCUUUUCCCGACGAACGCGCGCCGUGUAUUUCCCUGCAUGGACGAGUUGCAGGCUGUUGCUACUAUUUCUUUCAUAUUCGAGGAAGUUCCUUUCGACGAAAUAGUCUCCAACUCUAUGAGAGAAGAUAACAAUCCGAACCAAUUUCAAGCCCUUCAAGUGCCACCACAUCUCUGGGGUAUGGUUGCUCAUAAUUUCUUUAAUAUUGACAUGCCAGCACCAAAUGUGAUACUAUAUGGUCGACCUGAUCUAAACCAAAAUAGUUUAGCUAGUAUCGCUAUUGAGGCAUUUUUCACUUCAUAUAACGAAAAACUGAAUAAAAUGUACUUCACAAUUAAUGCAAAUCAAGACGGCAGAUUGCAUAUCUUCGCUCUGCCAGACACUAACAUGGAAUGGAACGCCUUGUCUACUAUUUGCAUUUGGGAGCCACACAUUUUUAUGACGAAUACUCACUCUAUGAUGCAACGAAAGACUGCACUGGUAAAAAUUGCUAAUGCUAUGGCAAGGCAGUGGUUUGGUUACGUGGUGUAUCCUGAAGACUGGAAAGAUCAGUGGGUGAUAUCUGGACUUGCGUCUCAUGCUGCACAGGAGGUCGUCACAGAUUUCCAAUCAUCAGAUAACGAAGAUGUCACUCUAUUGGAUAUGAACACUAUUUUCACAACUGAUGUGAUUCAAGAGGCUUUAUUGCAAGACUCCUACAGCAGUGCUGUGGUCAUAUCUCCAGAAGAGGACAUGUUUGAUGAAGUAGAUAUCCGCCAUCAUACCUUAGGUCUAUUGAAUAUUAAAGCACCUGCUAUCAUGAGGAUGCUAAGAUUAGUACUCAGUGAUGAAGAUGAUUUCGUCUUAAGAGCAGGGCAGCUACUGUUGAAUCGAAGAACUCUGUCAUCAACGUCACUAAAUGAUUUUAUCGACGCCGUGAAUUAUGUAUGGCCCGGGAAUGAUAAUAUCGAUGACGUUGGAGCUUUUCUUGAGCCUUGGAUCCAAAACACGGGAUACCCCGUCCUUCAUGUGGGCUGGAAAUCAAACAAUUCGGUUUUGCUAACUCAAGAACACUUUAGUUUCGCCGAUAGUGAGGUUGUGGGAUACAGAAUUCCAGUUACUUUUACUACGAACCAACAGAAGAAUUACAAUAAUAUGUAUCCCACAGUGAUGUUAGAAAACCCAGAUGAAAUAUCGCUGCUGAAUAUUCUGGAUGAAGACGACUACGUUAUUUUCAAUAUUCAAGGGCAAGGUUACUACCGUGUUAACUACGAUAUGGAACAUUGGGACAGAAUCAUCUCUGCAUUAGACGACCCUGACAGGAGGCAGGAAAUUCAUCCCCUAAAUCGUGCUUCAUUGAUAGACGACGCUCUUAACCUAGCGAGGGCUGGUAAAGUAGAAUACGAUGUCGCUUUAAGAUUAGCACUAACUUGGGCGCACGAAACGGAGUAUGGACCAUGGAAAGCCUUCGUCAGGAACAUGGAAUUUCUAAAAAAAAUGCUGCUUAGCGCCGUCACUGACAAUGGAGAACUUGAUUCCAAUAUUUACAAGCGUAUGGUUCGGAGAACAAUCGGAACUUUUGAGGAUGAUGUGUCAUUUCGUCCAAAUCCAUCAAUUAGAGAACCAGCUAUGACAUCGUUGACUCGCGGUAUUGUCAUGGAUCAUGCUUGUCGUUCUAACUACGAUCCUUGUAUAGCUGCUGCGAUUGAUUGGUUUUAUAAUACAAAUAGCGAUGAACCAGCAGUGAAUCCCAACAUCCCCGUCGAUAUCCAACCAGCAGUUUUCUGUACUAUGGUACGAGAAGCUGGAGCCGAGGCAACAAAUUUGCUUUACGCUUAUUUGGAGACUGGCAUUAGUCACUAUGACCGCCUUGUCGUAUUGGAGUCACUGGCCUGUUCCCAUGACGAAGUAUUUAUCAAUAAGUUAAUGAUGGACACUAUAUCAGAAGAUGGUCCUUUUGGUUCAGAAGAGCGGUCAAUAAUCCUUGCUGCUAUAAUCAGAAGCCGUUUCGAGAAUGUGUUUCAUGUCAUAGACUUUAUGAGGUCUAAUACAAAUAAUAUCAGAGUUAUGUACGGCGGACCACAAAAAUUAGAAGAGCUACUAUUUGUUUUGUCUGAUAAUAUCGUAAAUGACCGCUUAGAGUCUAAUUUCCGUGUAUGGGUUAGAUCAAACAUAAAUGAUCUUGAUGACUCUGAGGUGAUCGCAAUUCGUGCUUUGAGUAAUGCGGAGAUCAAUCUAGAAUGGAGACAAAGAUCCGUCGACGAAGUUUACACGUGGAUCGAUAAUAAUGACGCUCACACAUUUAGCGUUUCUUUUACCCUGCUCUUCUUCACUGCUUUUAUUUGUCGUUUUAACUUAUCGUGUUCUUAAAAUUCGUUUUAAUAAAAUUGGGGAGGUCAUUGGGUCUAGUUUACUUAUUUUAUAUAUAACAUUUGUAUGUACUGUAAACUUAAAUAGUAAAUGUUUUACUAAAAAGUUUUAAUAAUUGUUUAAUCAGCAGCAAACUACCAAAUUAAAUAACCUACUAUGAUGGUUUUGGCAGAGUUGAGUAAAAUUACUAAAUAGUAAAGUGCAAUUAUACCAACAAGUUUUUUUUAAAUACGCUAAUAUAGAAUCUACCUCUUUGUCUUCUUUUUAACCUCUGUCCACGCAAUGCUGAGUGUAGGUCUCUUCCAAGGCACUCCAUUCCUUCCGAUCUUGUGCCUCCCUCUCUAUCUAAUUCACUUUUACAAGGUCGUCAGUUCAGUGCAUUGGCUGCUUACCUAUGCUUCUGUGAGGUACAGGAGCAUAGGUAAGCAGUACUCUCCACUGACGAACCUUUCUAUGCCAUCUGUGGUCUUGUCUACGGCAUAUAUGGCCUGCUUAUUUCCACUUUCUGCUUGCUAGUAACUUGGCCAUGUCGAUAAAACUAGUUCUUCUCUGAAUAUCUGUUUUCCGACAUAGAUCUCGAAGAGAGAUACCCAAGAUAGCCCGUUCCAUAGCUCUUUUGAUAACCUGUAGCUUUUGCACUAUCUGUCUUGUUACCGUCCAUGACUCAGCUCCGUAGAUCAUGACUGGGACGACGCAUUGCUCAAAUAUCCGACGGAUGAGGCCAGGCAUUCCAGCCUAGACUGAUGCGGCGCUUAGUCUCGCUUUCUUGCCCGAAUUUAUUAAGGUUGCAUAUAUAGGCGGUAUUAUUGAUAUUGAUAAUUAUUACUUUAACAAACAUUUUAACGAGUAAUAUGGUCAUAAACUACCCAUUAUCUUGUGAUAAUGUUUGUGGUUUCAGUUUUAUGGAUUCUAUUGUUUGAUGUUAUUUUUGCACAAACUGAUGAAGAAGUUGAUCACAUUUUGUUAUUUAUGUAAUAAAAUGGAUUGAUUGUUGCCUAUUU